AUGGAAUCGGAGGAUGGGCAGACUUUCAUCAAGAACCUAGCAUACUUCGUCCGAACACAUGAGAGAGCACUUGCGAACGCUCUACAACUACAACAUAAGCGCAAUGGCAGCCAGCAGGCCUCCACAGGCGCGACAUCCGCAUCCUCCUCGUCUACCUCGAUAACCCUCGCCGAGGCACUAUCACGACCCUACGUUGCCUUCUCAUCGCAGCAAAUCAAGCCUUCAAAGCUCACUUUGACACCACAUCACCUUUUCUAUCUUCUCAGCAAGUUCGAAGACCUUGGCGUCGAUGUGGGACCAACGACCGUCCGACUCGAAAACCUUCAGAGCACUGCUGCGCCCUCGAACUAUGUAUCCUUCCUCGGGCAUGCACCAAAGUCGAAGGGCAAACAAUCCGAUGCCGACUCUCUUCGAUCAGUCUCCAGCGUCCGAAGUGUCAUGUCAAGCGUGUCCUCGUUAUGGUCGACUUUCUCGUUGACGAAUAGCGUUGCGAAAGAGGAGAAGCGAAUGGCACAGCAUCGGGAUGAUAUCAAAUACUUGUAUUCCUGUUUCACGAAGAUACCGGCGUUGAAGUUGGCGCCAGACCAUCGUGCACGAAUGGUUGCUGGGUUUGAGGAGUUCCCUUUCGACACGGCGGUGCCGCUGUUCGCAUUCAAGAAUCUGAGUGCGUUGGAGGUAUCCGACCUGGACUUCAGGCAGUUUCAUGGUUGGGAUAGGUUGUCGGAGCAACUGCGGAGUUUGACUGUGAAGCGAGCAUAUUUGGAGGAUCCAAUUGAUCUAUUGCAGAACAUUGUGCUGGACGACAUGGAGCGGAGGCGAAAGCGUUCUUCCAUGUUACAGAACAUUCCCACUACACCAUCCACACCUGGCGGCAUCCCAUGGCCUGGAAGCAGUCCAAAAUUCAGGCAGAUUGAGCUUGCGCGGUCGUUCUCCAGCCCGAAUUCUCCGAUGGUCGAUCAGAGGCGUAGCUCGUUGUACGGAUCUUUGGCAAGAGCUGGGUCUUCGGAUGGGACGAAAACGCCGGCCCAACCAAUACGGCAGCGAAGCAAUUCACCUGUACGACCACCGAGCUCUAGACAUGGGUCGUUACGGAAAGCUCGACAGAUUGCUGCCGCUCAAGUGUACAGGAGAUCUUCCGGCAGCUCAGGGUCAAGUACACAAGAUGUGGAGCACCGACAUGGCACAUCCGACCUUCUAGCGUUCAACAUCCUGCCACCAUCGAAGUGGCGAAUGCUCCGACACCUGUGUAUUGCGGAGAAUGGCUUGACGUCUUUGUUUGUGGAGAGCUUGAGACCAAUUGCUGGAAGCCUACAGUCGCUCGACCUGUCAGGUAAUCUUUUCACGGAGAUCCCGGAUGCUUUGGCCAGUCUCACCCACCUUCGUGCUCUCAACAUGAGUAACUGCAUGGUCGACAGCCUGAAGUCAUUGGCGCGAUAUCCCCUACCAGCCAUUACGACCCUGAAUUUGAGGUCCAACAGACUUCUCUCCCUUGCCGGCAUUGAGAAGAUACGAACACUUGAAAGGGUGGAUCUGCGUGACAAUAAGCUAUACGACCCAACCGAAGUUCGAAGACUUACGAGUGCUCUUGACUUAGUCGACGUUUACGUGGUGAAGAACCCAUUCACGCGGACACACGGCGACUAUCGCAUCACGAUCUUCAAUGCUUUCCACGACACGCCUGGCUAUACUGCCGAGCUUACCAUCGACACUCUAGGUCCUACGUAUAACGAGAAGAAGCUGCUACAUGGUAGAGCGCCUGAGCCAGCGCCAGUGGUAGUCGUGCAGCCACAACCGGAGGACGAGUCGGAGCCGACCACGGAAGCAUCUCAGGAGCUGCGACCAGAGCUGUCCGUGUUCGAGCAGGAGCAGACUCCCGAGCGAGUCCGCAGUCAUCGGCGAUCAAACAGCGAUAUCGGUCCGCAGAGCAUGCGCCGAAGGAAGAAAGGUCCACGUAGGAGGAUAGUCGAGCUCUCGCAAGCCGAAAUAUUAGCCUCACCCCCUUCCAUGGCUCAACCACCUACAUCCGCUUCCGAGCUACCACCAAUGUCGCCUCCAUCGACAGAUGAACCAACCACACCUGAAGCGACACCAGCGGCAUACCAUACUGCACCCUCCACACAAGCCCAUCUCGAAGGGCCAACAGGUCUCCCGCCGCGGCCGACUUUAGAUACAGCAUUCACCUCCCCCGACCCACCACCUCGCAUCAUCACAGCCGAUGACUCAGACGACUCCCCACUCAAGUCUCCCGAAGAAGUAGACUCGCAUAGCGAUCUCUACAGACAGAAGAUCGAGGCGUUGAAAAGCGAGCUGGGCCCGAACUGGUUGACUGCACUGAAUGAAGACAGGUUUUCCGAGCAGCAGCGCACCGUGAGAUAUCGGAGUUAUAGUCCUGGCUCCCGCACACCCACUCGGACUGGACAGACUGGCCGGGGUGUCAGUGUCGGUGGCAGGACGCUGGGUUGA